AAACGCAUGACCCAGAGUUGACGUAGUUGCCCAGAUCAUCUCGGGCUCUCUGCUGGGAAAGCGAGGUAAACAUGCACUGUACACCGACUCUAUUGCUUGGAUAUGGCGGCGGCUGUAUUAGACAAGUAUCCGCCCGACUUGCUGUGGCAGGUAAGGCGGUAAGUGGCUGGGUAUUCCAGAACAAGCUGGCUUCGGCGCCUGGUCUAAUUAGUGGCCUGUCUAUUGUAGACUAUGCUUGCUGCACAUCAAAUCGGUUAAUAUUCCAGAUUGACUGCCCCUGGCCAGGCAAAGAUGACGACGGAGGGCAUUUUGAGCUGGUCGAAUGUUGA